AGGAGCGUGCCUGAACAAGCAGCCUCUGUGUAAACAUCGGGAAACUUUUGAGCUAUUCAGGGAGUGAUGAAUCACAAGCCAAGUGAGACCUACCAGUUGGAGAUCCAGUCCUCUAAAAGUUAACUCUUAAGGAAUGUGAGGUACUAAGUGCUCUGCCACCAACACAUCUGAAGUCAUUACUAAGGACUUGUUUUGGGCCCUUUGGACGUCACCCUGUUAAUUCUAGCUGAGAAGCAGUGAAGUUUAAAAAUCUCUCCCUCCCCCAGCCAUUGAGAAGAUGAGGACACUGAGGCUAUCUAUGUACUUGCUUCUGGGAAGAGCCUAACAAGGUAGCAUGGGUAACUGAAGAAUGCAAAUGUCAGAGAAGCACUGUGACCACAAGACAAUAUGAGGAGCCACAUACACGAGGUCAACAGAAUCAAAAGAUCGAGAGGAACUCUCCAAUUUGGGUCUGGGCAAAAUGUGGCGGUUCAGAUUCUGCAACUGCCAGUGGUUUACAAGAAAACAAAGCAACAAGUCUCCAAAAUUUGGCAAACCCUUCAACCCCAAUUCACUGUCCAUGUUGGACUUGCUUCAUCUUCCAAAGCAAUCAUCCUAGAACAGUGUGGAAAGAACCGAGGUUACAGAGAUGCAGAUAUUUGUGGGUUUUUACCAGAAGGUGGGAUCUGCCUGUCAGAUGGCCCAGAUGUGAUUGAAUCUACUAUCAAUAUGAAAGCAGUUUGCAAAAACAUCUCUGUCAAUGGAAUACAGGUUCUGUUUUCCAGAGAUGCAGGAAGAUAUGUCUGCGAUUAUACCUACUAUUUGUCUCUGCAUUAUGGAAAUGGCUGUGCUGCUUUCAUUCAUGUCCCUCCAUUAUCCAAUUUGCUAACAGCCGACCUUCUAGGAAGAGCAUUGCAAAUCAUUAUCCAAGAGAUGUUAAAACAGUUUGGAAAGGCCAAAGAAUAAAGCAUGACUUGUAGAAAACUCAGAUAAUCACUGUGUUAUAUGCCAAGGGAAACCAAAGGAAGAAAGACGUCUUCAGGAAAAGAAAAAUUCAAUGCUGGAAUCCUGCUAAGAGUUUGACUAUACUUUUGAGAGAUUUUUUAAAAAAUUGCUUGUAAAAUGGUGUUUACAGAGAAGAACAAAUUAUGGAUCAACCCAACUAAAACACAAGGGGUUAUAUUCCCAUAAAAAAAAGAUGAACACAGUAGAAGACAGAAAUUUUACAAGGGAUUAACUAGGUUCAAGUGUAAUUUCUUAUAAUAAAAUAAGAUCCAAGUAAUUUCUUUUCUGAGAGAUUACAAAGUACACAAUCCUGACCACA